CGGGAAUCAACAGGGAAGUUAAUGGUGCUUUAAGGCGGAGCAGCGGUUGUGGCCCAUGCCGUCACCAGGUUCUCGGUGUCUGUAGCGCGUUUAACGUCGCCACACAUAACAGGAAGCCGGCUCUGACUCAGGCUGCAGCAGGCCAGGCAUGAGCGGCGCACACCUGGAGGAAUGGCAGCGGCGGUCCUUUGACAUUUCGUCUGGCAGCUGCACACCUGAACAGAAGGCCGAGGCCUACCGGGCCCACCUCCUGUCCAUUCAGUAUGCAUGGGCAAGCUCCCAGCUCUCUCAGGCCGGCGCGGCCAGUCUGCUCAGGACCUACUCGGAGCGCUACGCCGCCGUGCUGGACUCGGACGACCCGCGAGCCGGGCUCAACAACUACGCGGAGAGCGCGCUCCAUCUGGCCCGCAGUCAGAGGAACCACAGUGACAGGUGGGAGUCCUCGCUCACCGCGCACAGCGUGCUGCAGAUCCCCUCGGUGCAGAGGAUGAUCCAGGCAGGUUCGGGGAGGGACGGCUUCCCGGUGGCGCCGGCAGAUGUCGACGUACCUGUGGGCCAAGAGAGCCGCGCCGAUCCGCCCUCAGGUCAGUUUCCCUCUGCCAGGUCAGAGGCUGCGUGGUUUAAAGUUGAGCCGUCUAGCUCAGAGGUUAACACCAGCAGUCUGCUGACUAAUAUGUCUGCAGCGAGGCCAGCUGCUGCCGACGGCGUCUCACUGAACCCAAACGUUUUCCCUCGACCCGCCGUCCGGCCGCAGUCAGUCUUUGGCCAUCCUUCGUCUGCGCCCCCACAGGGGCUUCCUGGUCCUUCAGGAGGAGCACAGAACCAUCCGUCCUCCUUCUUUCCCUCCUCAAACCCGUCCAAACGGAAGAAUUUCUACGCCCCAGACGGAGCCGACGACGUAAGGGCCCAAUGCGGGGGGCAAGGAGGAAAUGAACCCCGAGCUGGAAGCAACUUCAGAACGGCUCGGCAGCAGUUCAUCGUCGACCAGCAGAAGAAGCACUCCUACCCGCCCCAGAGGGGUCCCCCCCCUGGGAUGGCCGCCGCUAUGAAGAAGUCCCUGGGUGCCAACAGGCCCCGGGGGACUUUCUCCAAGUUUGUGUCUCCCAUCCCCCGGCAGGACGAGGAAGACGGCGCUGGGAGUAGAGGCUCCGACGCAGAGCCCCAGAUCCUGGACGAGCGGCUGAAGAACUUCGAGCCGAAGAUCGUGGAGCUGAUCAUGAGCGAGAUCAUGGACCACGGCCCCCCCGUCGCCUGGGACGACAUCGCAGGCCUGGAGUUUGCCAAGACCACCAUAAAGGAGAUCGUGGUGUGGCCCAUGCUGCGUCCCGACAUCUUCACCGGCCUCCGGGGCCGCCCAAAGGCAUCCUGUUGUUCGGGCCCCCGUGGGACCGGCAAGACGCUGAUCGGAAAGUGCAUCGCCUGCCAGUCGGGCGCCACCUUCUUCAGCAUCAGCGCCUCGUCGCUCACGUCCAAGUGGGUGGGCGAAGGGGAGAAGAUGGUCCGCGCCCUGUUCGCCAUCGCCCGCUGCCACCAGCCCGCCGUCAUCUUCAUCGACGAAAUCGACUCCUUGCUGUCCCAGCGGACGGACGGGGAGCACGACUCGUCCCGCAGGAUCAAGACCGAGUUCUUGGUUCAGUUGGACGGCGCCACCACGGCGGCCGACGACCGCAUCCUGGUGGUCGGGGCCACCAACCGGCCCCAGGAGAUCGACGAGGCGGCGCGGCGCCGCCUGGCCAAGCGGCUGUACAUCCCCCUCCCCGAAGCGGCGGCCCGGCGGCAGAUCGUGGCGAACCUCAUGGCCAGAGAGAAGAACCAGCUGAGGGAAGAGGAGCUGGAGAGCGUGGUGGCGGCCUCGGAGGGCUUCUCUGGAGCCGACAUGACCCAGCUGUGCCGGGAAGCCGCCCUGGGGCCCAUACGCAGCAUCCAGCUGAGUGACAUCGCCACCAUCAGCGCGGAUCAGGUGAGACCCAUCCUCCACAGCGACUUCCAGGAGGCCCUGAGGACGGUGAGACCCAGCGUGUCGGCCAAAGACCUGGAGCUGUACGAGGAAUGGAACAAGACCUUCGGGUGCGGACGCUGAGCUCGGCUCCUCAGCCGCCGCUGCUCCAGGACUGGAGGCUCUUUGACAGAGAGUCCUGGGAGGCCUGACCCUGAGGAAACUUCAUGUUAAAAACGGAAAAUGUAAAAUAAAACCCAAAUUCUUCUAUGUAAAACAAAAAGGAUUAUUCAUUUUGCUGAUAAAAAUAUUAGUAAAUAUGGCUUACUGGCUGUAAUAAUGCCUCAAGCAUUCAUCUGUUUUGGUUUUGAUACACGGAGCAAAAAAUGUGGGAUUAAAACCUGAUAAAUUUGGUGGUUAUAACGUGUUUUUUUAUAACUCUGUUCUGCUUCUCUGACUAAUAAGAGCAGAACAAGCUGGUUUGGGGUCAGUCAGGCUACCUGAACUCAUGGUUUAUUUAUUUUUUUGUUUUGUUUUUGCUGCCCAGAAACAUUUCUGAAGCUGCUGUUUUCUUCUUUCUGUGUUCAGCAACGGGUGGGGGAGGGGCUGUACUUUAUGCUAAAUACAGACGAAGGACAUUUAAGGCCCACUGGCCUCUCCUGUGGGUUUUAUGGGUUUGUUACCAUAAUAAAAUAACUCUUGGUUACCGGUACCUGGCCCUGCCAAGGUUCUGGUUCUGUCGCCUGUUGGUACCGACGUACCCGACUGUUUCCUGCAUUUCAUCCCGGCCCGUUGUCACUUUGACUACCAGCCCAUUUCCAGUUAUUUUCCAUCAUCUGCUCACAGUCUGCUGGAAGGAGAUGUGGUUUUAUGACUCCAGCUACCAGCAGGACGUCUCUCUGUUAUUUGGACUGGACCAGUCGUCAGAACCUCAGUUUGCUGGUAAUGGUGAACUGGGCCAGACAGAACUGAGUCUGAUACAAAGUUUCCAAAUAAUAUCUAAAUGAUGAGGGUUAGGCUUUUGAACAUGCAAUGUUUUUGUUCAUGGAGGCAGAAUGUUUUCAGGGAUGCAGCGAGGAAGAGGAAGAGGCCAUAAGUUUCACCUGAGGUUCUGAUUGGACUCCUCCAGGCAGGUUUCUAUGAAGUGAAUUUUGUUCCUUUUUAAUGUUGUGAGCAAAGAUGUUUUGUAAAUGGGGGGAAAUUAAUCCAGAAAUUAAACUUUGAAAAACCUCUGAAUCAAAAACGGUUUUGAGUGUAACUUUGGUGUUUUUUCAGAUUAUUUAUUUUUUUCCUAAAUUUCUCAUUUUCAGGUCAUGUCACAAAUUGCAUUCUUCUCUAAUUGUGUGUUACAGAUCAAAUUCUCUUCACUUUUUGCUCUUGUGAUCUGAAAAAUGCAAUUUGAAACAAAUGUAAUUCGUAAAACCGGAUAUAAAAAGAAAAAUUUCAAAAGCUAAUAUUUGAAAAUACAAAAAAAUUUGAAAAUGUAUUUUUAAAAACUCAAAUCUGAAAUGUUGCACUUAAAAAUUGAGAAAACACCUAAAUUACUCUCAAAAUCUUUUUUUUUUUAAUUAAGUUUUUCAAAGUUUUAUUUCUGGAUUGCAUUUUAUUUAUUUUGUUUAAUUUCCAUUUACAAAACGCAUUUAUUGCUCCCAACAAUUAUUGGAAUAAAAUUAACUCUGUAUGUUCCACCUUAGUACGUUUCAAUGCAUAAAUGUGUUAAUUGUUCAUGUCAGCCUGUUUUAUGCUCAAACUGUUGUUGUAUAAACCAGAAACCUGACUUUCAGAUCUGUGUAAAGUUUCUGACCCAGAAUAAAAACUCUUAACGUCCUGCUUCCUGCUGCUGCAGGUUUUUGUACCUCGGCCCGGCUCUCAUCCACAGAGGGCAGUGUUUUCCCUUCAGUUCGCCUGACUUCACUCUCCCUGUCCUGAAAUCCUCCUGACUCUGGAUGUGUUAAUAAUAUCUGCGGAAGUUGAGCAACACUGAGAGAAUCCUAAGUUUCGUGUAUUAAAAAAAAGGUUUUCUUUUGCUCUGCCUCCCUUCCUGUUAGAGAUGAAGACAGGCCUGGAGUCAACAGAAAAAAGUGCUUCUGCCGUGCAUCUAUUCUAAUGAACCGCAUCCAUUUCCCAGUUUCAGCACAGAGCCUCAUCCAGACGCUCUGACUGCUUAAAAUGUUUCAUUUCAGGCAGUUCACUGCAUUAGUUGAAGCAUUACACAUACAAGUUUGCAAAAGUGUUCACACCCACUGACCUUUUCCUCACUGCGUCAUGUGACCGCCGUGA